AGUGUUCGUUGGGAUAUUAAGCGAUAUGAUCGUAGAAAUUUUAAUAUUCAUUUUAACAUCUAUAUUAGUGUAUUUUAUAUACACUUAUAAACGUGUCCAUUACUAUUUUGAAGAGAAAGGCUUGAAGUACAAUCCUGGUGUACCAAUAUUUGGAAAUAUAAUACGCAGUACAUUCUUAAGGAAACAUUUUGUUGAAGAUAUUGACACGAUAUACAAAGAAUUUCCAAACGAAAAAUAUGUUGGCUACAUUGAAGCUAUUACGCCUGUUGUCCUCAUUAGAGAUCCAGAGAUUAUCAAACAUAUUACAGUAAAAGAUUUCGAUCACUUUGUUAAUCACAAGGAUUUCUUUCCUGAGGAAAUUGAACCUUUGUUUGGCAGCAGUUUGUUAUUGAUGAAAGAUAACAAAUGGCGAGAUAUGAGAACAACUUUAAGCCCCACUUUCACUGGUUCCAAGAUGCGACACAUGUUGCCGUUUAUGAUUGAAAUCAGCAAUAACAUGGUCAAUUAUUUAAAGGAUCACACAAACAAAGACCUUGACGUGUCUGACCUGAUGAGACGAUAUACAAAUGACGUCAUCGCUUCCACUGCGUUCGGCAUCCAAGUGAACUCGGUGCAAAAUAAAGAUAACGAUUUCUACAAGACUGGACAAGCGAUGUUCAAUAUGUCAGCACAACAAAAGUUUAAAUUCUUCUUCGUAAACCAGUUCCCGGCGCUUAGUAAGCUAUUAAGAUUGAGAAUUUUUGAAGAUAAAUACACGAAAUUCUUCGAAAAUAUAGUAACUACAACAAUGGAACACAGAGAGACACACAAUAUACAACGACCUGAUAUCAUACAACUGUUAAUGCAAGCUUAUAAAGGAAAUUUAAAAGCUGAGGAUGGAGAUUCCAAAGAUGAAGUCGUCAUAGAAGCGGAAAAACUCAAGCGUCAAAGUACAGAAUGGUCACAAAGAGAAUUGGCAAGCCAAGUGUUUAUCUUCUUCCUCGCCGGUUUCGAAACAUCAGCAACAGCUUUGACAAUGUGUAUCCACGAACUGGCAAUCAAUCCGACGAUCCAGGAUCGGUUGUAUGAAGAAAUAAAAACGUUCAAAGAAAAACACGACCGACUUACAUGCGACAAUAUCAGUGAUAUGAAAUAUUUGGAUUGCGUUAUUAAUGAGACAUUGCGCAGAUGGGCUCCAGCUUUGAUUAUGGACAGAGUUUGUACGAAGGCUUACGAACUGCCCCCACCGCAUGAAGGAGGGAAACCUUGUAAAUUAAAUCCCGGCGACGUAGUAUAUAACGUGGUGAAUUCCCUACAUCUCGACCCAAACCACUACCCUGACCCUGAAGUCUUCGAUCCGGACAGAUUUUCUGACGACAGGAAACACGAAAUCAAACCUUUCACUUUUAUGCCAUUCGGUAUUGGACCUCGAGUUUGUAUUGGAUCCAGAUUCGCACUAUUGGAGCUUAAAGUGUUGAUCUACGACAUAGUAUUGAACUUCAAUAUAUUAAAAUGUGAGAAAACGACAGAUCCGAUUACUUUGGAGCCUCAUGACUUCAAUAUUAAAGCUGCAGGAGGAACUUGGGUUAACUUAGAACGUAGAUGUUAAUAUUUGUGGACGGCAAAUAUAUUGAUCUUAUCCAUAGGUUCCCAAACUUUUUGUCGUCUUUUCGGAUUCUUACUGGUUUCGGUAAAUCUUGCUAAAUUUCUUCUUCAACAUUAAAAGCCUAAUGUUUAUUUAUUACUAGGUCAUCUGUAGACCAAUUUUUUAAUAUUUUUACCUUUAAACUUUUUAUAAAGGAAAAAAUAAA